AUGUAUGUGCGCGAAGAGUGGAUUGGAAACAAUCGCCUCUUAGUGGCUAGGGUUUGCAGUAACAUCAACGGCAGCGGAUGGGGGACACGAAGAGUGGGCUCGCACAAAUCAUCCAGUUUCGUCUACAUCGCCGUUAGUAUUGUGAUGACGGGAAAACGAUCCAUGCUGCAGAAGAGGGCUGCAUAUGUAAUGGGCGAAACAUUUGGUGGUGGUGGUCCAUAUGUCGUGGAAGCACACGGAGUUGAGAAAGGGAAAACAGAGUUUGAGGAUCGAUAG